GCUCUUCUUGGCCCUUCCCGGCUCUUCCUGGUUGAUCUCGGCACUUCCCAGAUGAUCCCUCAGUCCUGAUGAUCUCAUAGAGCAGGAGGAGGAUGAAGAUGGCGAUGAAUUUGGCAUUUCUGCCUCUCCUGGCUGCGGUCUUGACCCUGUGCUCGAGCCAGAUGGGUAACGAUCCUGGUCAGAAUUCCCGCCAGAAUUCCGGCGAGGAUUCCCACCAGAAUUCCCCCCAGGAUUCCUUCUGGGAUGUCGGAGCUUUCCCCUGGAUCUCCCCUCGGGGUUCCCACCGUGGUUCCGGUACCCCGAGGCUCCUCCCGGCACCGGUGCUGCUCCGGCUGCCCCCCAAGCACAAACCCUUCCGGAUGCGCUGCCUGGCCCCACCAGGCUUCUCCAUUGGCAGCUUCGAGCUCCUCCAGGAAAUCUCAGGGAUCUUUGUACAGAAUAUUGUCGUCAUUACCAACCAGGGCUGGGCCGAUUUUCCCCUGUCCAGAGCUGCUGUCUGCUUCCGCUGCCGGUACCAGAGCCACAACGGCAGCACGUGGCUGGAGUCGGAGCUGAGCCCUGCCAUCGGGAGCUCUGAUUUGGGCGAUGCUGAGUGUCAGCCCGCAUCACUACUGCCAGGACCUCACAGAACGAUCCUUCCUGGCUCCUCCCAGUGUUGGUCGUUGGGCUGCUGCUGCUGCUGGGGGCUGUGGUCAUAAUCUGGCGAUGUUGGAGGGGGUCUCGGAACCCCUGGGGGGCUCAGUGCCCAGGAGGAGCUCCUGAAAGGCAGAUGCGGAGAGUCCUGCCCUGCUGCCCUGCUGCCCUGCUGCCCUGCUAAGGCCGGACCCUCCACGCCAGCACCAGGACUCCGUGACCCCAGAUCCCCAAAUCCACCCGGACCCUUCAAUCGCACCUCGGAGCCCCCACAGUCUACACCCCCGCACCUCCUGUUCCAGCAGAACUUCCCUUGGUCCCCGCGCGACGCCGCUAUUCCCAUGAGGGGUCCCCGGGUCCCAGUUGUCCCUCUCACCUUCCCGGUGAGGACACGGAGCCGGGAGCGCAUCCCGGUGUCCCAGAUCCGGUCACCGGGAGCCCUCCUGGCGGACCCUCCGCCCCCUCUUGGUCCUGCCUGGGCUCCAGCACAUUGUCUUAAAUAAAGCUGUUGCAUUGCCG